AUGUCCAAGUCGCAGCGGAAGGUCGUGGAGUCAAACUUUUCUGCCCUGCGACGCAGUCUCAUCCACGGCGACAUUCCAGAGGCGAUCGCGCUCAUGAAGAACGGAGCAUUGCUGCAUCAGACAGAUAAUGAUGAUCACACGGCACUGGAUCAGAUUCUUAGCGAUCGGCAGCCCCGUUUUGUAUUUUCCAAUUACGAAGUGUUUUGCAAGUCGGAAGUGUACGUCUGGGGAUCAAAUGCCAACCACAACCUGGGCAUGGAAGUCCUUGAAAGCAGGGCACAAAGAGAUACGUUCGACUGCUUCGGAAGUGACCCGGCUCAAAAUGAACAAGUCCAGAUUUAUUAUGUGUCAAUGAGCGAGAAUCACACUCUGUUCCUGGCAAGAGGAGGGAAAGUCUACAGCUGCGGACGUGGUCUAGGAGGGCGGUUGGGACUAGGCACGGAGGAGAAUCGGCCAGAGCCGAAACCGAUCCCCUGCUUCGAGACGACGCACAAGUGCGUUGCGGUUGCCACCGGGGCUGAUCAUUCUCUCUUCCUCACAGAGAGCAAGAUGAUUUUCAGCUGCGGAAGGAAUGAAUACGGACAGCUGGGAUGUUCUUUGGAUACUACCGAUCGUGUCCUGACUCCGAGAGAGAUACAAGUUGGUCAAGGGCGUGGAUUCAACUCGAUCGAAGGGAUCGCGUGUGGUCCUUUCCAUUCCAUUAUCUAUUCCUCUUCUGUAAUGUACACAUUUGGCAGGAAUGAGGGGCAGUUAGGCCACAAGCGAGGCGAGGAGGUAAUCAAGGAACCCAAGUCGGAGCACCCGAGGGAAUGCUGCGAUUGUAACCAAGAACCAGAUGAAGAGAAUGACGGAUCCCACGUUACUCAAUCCACAAUGAAAAAAGACAUGGCAUUUCUCCUUGAAAACGCAGAGGAGUUGUCACCAGACAUCACUCUGAUUGUUGAGGGUAAGAGAUUUCCAGCUCAUCGUCUCAUACUGAUGGAGAGGUGCGAAUAUUUCCGAAACCUGUCUGAAAUGAACUCGAAAGCCGACAUAGUUCUGGACGGGAUGAGUCAUCAGAUAUUCCCACAUAUUCUUCGCUACGUCUACAUGGGAGAUUGGUCGACUGAUCCCUCGCGCCAGGCAAAAGAAUUUGCCGAGAAACUACAUCUUAUGCAAUUAAUCAAGUACCUCGCAGCCUGGGAAUUGUCUGAUUUCAGCGUUGUACAGCCUGCUCCAGACGUGUUGUUGGAUCCACCAAGAAGCGGCUGGUUCGUCCACGGUGCUUGGUCCAGCUUGGCAGAUAUAACCCUUCUGAGUCGGGACGGGAAGGAAUUCCCGUGUCACAAGUGCAUCCUCAUGGCCCGUUCCGAGUACUUUCGUGUCAUGUUCGACUCCACCUGGCUCGAGGGUCAGGGGAAGGAGAAGGUGUCACUUGCCAUAGCAGCGGAUGUCAUUCAGGUCGUUCUUGAUUAUCUCUACGGGGAUUCCCAUGUCUCCGUGUCUGAGACAAACAAUAGCACAUUCAUUUCCCAAGUCCUUGUUGCUGCUGAUCAGCUGCUCCUGAACCAGCUCAAGGCAAGUGGAAGAAAAUGA